AUGCGGCGUCUGGUCCGCGGGACAGUUGUGCCCCCCCCACCGAUCGUCGACGUUCGCCGGGGCAGCUCCACCUCGUGGGUCGCGCGACUUCUCUACGGCGCCAGGGCCUCGCCUCUCCUCGGCGCCUGGGGCGCCUGCAGCAGCGAGGAGGAGCGGCAGCUCGACAACACGGCGCGGGAGCUGUACUGCAAGGCCCUCACGCACGCAAGCGGGGGUGGGCGGCUGGCGCGAGACUGGAUCGCCGGCUGCUCCGCCAUUGUGUGUCCCUCGCAGAACCUCGUAAACCUCGCGCUCAAGCACCACGGGACGGAGCAGGACGUCGAGCGCUACCGCGAGUAUCUGCUCCUGGCGCUCCACAGGAGGACGCAGGCGGGGUCGGAUAAGAGGGGGGCCGCCAACGGGCUGGGAAGCAUGCCGGAGGUGCGGUGCUUCGUGUACGACGCGACGCGUGCGGCGUGCUUCCACCGCUACCACAAAGUGCCUGAGGAGGACCGGCGGAGGCUGGACACCGUGGCGCACCGCCUCGGCGUGGACGCGGAGGUGAGUCGCGCCAUCUGGCGUCUCGUGGAGAGCGAGGGGACCGUGGAGCGGGAGAAGCAACGCGCCCUCGAAUACCCGUGGAGCGACUGA